AAACCAUAGAUUUAAUAUGUCCACAGGGGGCUGUGAGGGCAGGGGGUGUUACUGCUGCUGAUGUUUUUUUUUGUUAUCAUCAGAGUUGCCUCCGCUUCACAGAGAGAGAAAAAGGGGGAAAAAAGGAAACACGAAUGCCCACCAUUUGAGAAAUGAAUUUAUCGAAGUGGCUGUCUUUUUCCCCAUUAGUAAGUGUUUAGUUCAGCGUUUUAAAUAAUUGCGUUACCAGGAAUGAUAUUUAAAAUACAUUUGGGAGUCAAUGAGGCGGGAAAGUGCCUACAUGUUUUGCUGAUGACACCCGGGCCAUUUGGAAGACAUCAAAGUAGAGAGGAGGUAGCCCAGAUGCAUAUUAUAAACUCAUUAUGUAUAUCAUUUAAAAGGAUGUACUCCAGCCGCAAAAACAAUAUUCCUAGUCUCUCUCUGGUAAUGUGUGUUUUCAAAGUUGAAACUCUUACUCGCCUUCAGUUUAAUGUGGCAUCUAUUACCAACUGUAACAUAAAAUAAAUGACCUUGAUUUCCAUACCAGAACAGUCGUUAAGGUAUAGAUGAGAUGCGGCUCUGCCUCUGUGUUUUCGAGUAGAAAAGAAGGUAAAACCUCUUCGCCAAUAUCGUGUAUUCCUCCACCUGUGGCGCAAACUUUGUUUUCCGCAGAGCUUGCAGGCAUCUUAAUAGACUCCAACACGAAGGCGGAUAAGUACACCUUAAAAAGUGUGUUUUUGAUACGCAAUGUAUCAGAUACUGCUAAAAUUAGAUGGUGAUGCUGAUGGUGUCAAACUGAAGGUCACCCUUUGAAGACAUGAAAUUCCAUCCUUGGUGUCUACAGAGCUGUGAGAUCUGUUUUGUUUUGGGGGUUUUUUGUUUUGUUUUUUUUUCUGGGUAGAAUUUCUACAACUGGAAAAUGGUUGUUCAUCAGUCAAAAGAGAUGUUUGUCAGAUGCCUAGCGAGUAGGCUUAAGAGGCUUAAUUAUGUGCCGUCCCUCCGCCAUCAGAACACUACACGUGGGGCAGAGUGACACAGCGGUUGCCAGUCAUUCAGCCUAAUGUUCUAAUGCAGGGAGCCAUGUGGAUACAUAAAAUCCAUUAAAGCUCUUGGAAAAAAAAUACUGAGCUGAAAAAGGCAUUCUGCUAGCUACUCAGGGGCUUACAAAUAGGGCAUUCUUAUUUGCUCUUCCUCUAAGAAAAAUGUCGUGGCAAAAUCUGUCCUUACAGGUCUGGAGAUUUUUUAUUUUUUAACAUGGUUUUUUUUGUUUUUUUUUGUUAAAACAAUGAAGGUGAACAGUGCACAAAAAGGUUCACAUCCACUGACUUUUCAGACUUAUGCUCAAUAAAUUUAAAGUAGGGUAAGUUGAAAGAACCACACUGAAAAUCAGUAGUUUUUAAGCCUCCUUUUGGUAAAGUUUUGCUAAAUUACAUGUAAUUUUAGUAAAUAUUGUAUUACUUUUAAAACAGCAUGCACUGGGUUUGAUACUAGCAGACUAACAGAGACUUUAUAACUUUGCUGGAGGCAAACAGGAGAGGUUUGAGUGGCUGCGUGUGAGACAUAAAAAUAGCAUUUACUUGUCACGCUGCAGGGAGGGUCUCAUGCCGAAUAUCAAAACAACUCGGUGAAUCAACCCUGUGAACAGCCGGCGGGUACAAAGUGGACAUCAGCCAGAGAGAGUGAAAUAACAACAGAAACAGAGAGAGGGGACUUGUUAGACAUAAUCAUACACAUAUCACACAACAAGCAUGUCGAGAGGCAGCUUUGUCUUUACGUCCAUGGCCUUGCGUUCUCUUGAACUUGACAAGGACACGUUAGAGAGAUACAAGUACAGCAAGCAACUUGCCUCUCAUAAUCUGAGUAGCUAUAUGCUGAAGAAGGAGGCCAACAACAGAGCACUGCUGAAGUCCCUGCCACCAGCUGUCUGCCACGAUGUGGUCAUCCACAAUGCUUUGUAUACAGGAGACCUGGAGGCUAUGCAGCACUUUUUUCCUAGAGGAUCCACAGCAAACCUCAUCAUUGAGCCACAGGGAGGGGAAAUGCGCUGGGCUGCCAGAGGGGAAGGACUGUGGUCACUGACUUAUGAGCAGGAGCUGACGACACCGCUUCACAUCACAGCUGGUCGAGGCUUCACGGACUGCCUGAGGCUCCUGCUGCAGCGCGGAGCAGAUGUUGACCUAGCACCUGGCGGCACCACUGCGCUGCACGAGGCUUGUGAAAACUGCCAACCAGAGUGUGCCAAACUCUUGCUGAUGCACGGUGCCAAUGCCAAUGCUGUCUCAGAGGACGGCCUUAUGCCUUUGCAUGUUUGUACAAGCCAUGAAUCCCUUGAAUGUGCCAAGUAUCUCCUUCAGUAUGGAGCUGCAAUCAACGGCUGCACUGUAGAUGAAUAUGACACUCCUCUCCAUGUGGCUGCCAGGAAUGGCCUCCCAGACCACACUGAGCUGUACCUGCGUCAUGGAGCUGCUGUGGACAAACAGAACCAUGAGGGUCUCACCUCCCUCAAUUCUGCUUGCUCACAGCCCCAGGAGGCACAGGACCUCCGUAAUUAUUUCAAGGUGUGUCAGAUACUGAUAAACGCAGGGGCCAACAUCCACACUGAGGAACAGGACAAACGCACUCCUUUGCACAUGGCCUGUAAGAAUGCGAACCCAGACAUAGUGGAUCUACUGCUGGAAAAUGGGGCCAGUGUUAACGACAUGGACUAUGGAGGUGAAGCUCCAAUGCACAACAUCCUGAAGGUGGUGGCCUACAAGACUUCCCAUAGUCCCGAGAGGAUUGUCCGCUCUCUGCUCAACCACGGCUCCAUUCGGGUGUGGCCCGGUGCUCUUCCGAAGGUUUUGAUGCACUGCUCCAAAUCACCACGCACCAUUGAGGUUCUCCUGAAUGCCUACAGUCACCUCAAAGUCACGGACACCUGGGUUGAGUCUGUGUCAGAAGAGGUGUUUAAGGAAUACAAAGAAUUUUAUGAGUCAGUCUUCUCCCUGGAAAUGACUCCUCGCUCCCUGCAACACUUGGCUCGCUGCAGCCUCAGGAGAUUCUUGGAAGGCCGGGUACACAAAGUGGUCCCAAAGCUUGAUCUGCCCAAGUUCAUCAAGAACUACCUUCUCCUGGAUUUCAGAGGAUACAUUCACUAAAAGUGCAAUCUGAGUGUGAAUCUUUGUACCAAAUAUCGAUGGUGAUAAAAGUCCAACAAUGUGAAUCAAUACGCAGAUUUUUUAGGGUGCGUGCUGCCACACAUGAGAUUUUCAGGAGGCAGACGCAGAGUCGUUUGCUGUCAUGUUUUGAUCCAUGUCUCGGCGCAGAAACACGUUUGAUGUUGCACCACAAGAGGGCGCUACAGACUAGAAUUAAUAAAUUAUGCAGUGGGGCUGCAGCUGUAUUGUUUUAUAUUUUCUUUACUUUUUUUGAUCACUUUUUCUUUUUUUCGUACUUCUACACUUUAAUUUAAAAAGGACGACUUGUUUUAAAUUGUAUACAUAAUUAUUAUCAUAGGUCAGCGCUAGGGAGCAUAGUAAUUAUGUUUUGCACAUCGAGGAUUGCCAUCAAAAUAUUUGCAUUAAUCGUUUGAUUCACCGAGAUGCCUGUGAUUAUAUAUAUGAAUAAAACAGGCUUGAAAUGAAAAAGUUUUCCACCACUGCUGCAUGAUCA